CAUCGUCCAUCUCACAUCUUCUCUCUGGUGUCUCAGUGAGUGCCAGGCGGGGCGUCCCUGGGGUGACCUUGCGGGUAAUGAGCUCCUGAUCACGAGUCAGGAAACCCGGCAUUCAACACCCACCCUACCACCCUCCCCUCACCACAUGCAACACACACACACACACAAAAAAGAAGAAGAAAAAAAACUACACAGCUAUCGUAUGCUCAGCCCACAGACAGAAAUAGUAUUGGAGAGGCAGGGUAGCUGGGCAGAGGUGCAGAUGAAAAGAGUCUAGAGAAACUUCUUCAAGCUCUGACAUACAACUACCAGACCUCCAAAGUAAAAAUGAAUGGACAGAAGCAGUGGACACGGGUGGCCGUGAUGGCACUCCUGGUGCUAACGGUGAUGGCGGCUGAAGGAGGCAAAUCAGAGAAACAAGGAAAGAAGGAGCGCAAGUCGGACUGCGGGGAAUGGCAGUGGAGUGUGUGUGUAGCCAACGAAGGCGACUGUGGUCUCGGCACCAGGGAGGGAACACGCUCCGGCAUCGACUGCAAGCAGACCAUCAAGACCCAGCGCUGCAAGAUCCCUUGCAACUGGAAGAAGAGGUUUGGAGGGGAAUGCAAGUACGACUUCCAGGCUUGGGGGGAGUGCGAUUUGGCGACAGGCAAGAAGAACAGGACAGGCGUGCUGAAGCGAGCGCUCAUGGAUGCGACCUGCGCCACCACUGUCACAGCCACUAAGCCUUGUGGGAAGGUCCCCAAGACCAAGCUGCAAGAUGCAAAGAAGCAAAAGAAGGAAGGCAAGAAGCGAGACCGCACCCAAAUGGACUGAUGAGGUUUGUUUGUCCCGGGGGAGGAAGAAAGAAGAGGGUGGAAAGACGUCCACUGCCCUAUUUCAACACGGUUCCUCUUUAUACGUCCUGUAGGUUGACAGUAGGGAGCCUGUAGAGCUUUGACAAAACCAGUGGAAAUAUGACUCUUAGUGACAAUAUGUUUUACUUUUUCUUCUCUCUAGCUCCUUUUAAGAACCAACUUGUAUGUUGAGAUAGGAGACAUAAUACUCAGCGGUAGGGACGAAUAAUGAAUAUGGAUAAGUUUCAUUUACUAGUGUUCUUACCUAAUGAUGUUAUUUCUAGGAUUGUUUAGGUUUGUUUUCUUAAGAACAAAUUGGAUAGUGUUUGUUUUCCAGUUGCAUAGCCUAACUCUAAUUUGGAAAACUCUGUGGUCCAUGCCCUGACUUAAUGAAGCUGUUUGCUAAAAGUGAAGCAUCUUCGCUUAAUUAAUUUGAGGAAAAGAAAAAAAGAAAAGAAAAGAAAAAAAAGUGCAUUUGCAAUUUUUUCAAGUGGCUCAACUUUAACACUUUCCAACUUUACUAUGUGCUAUACGAUAUUUUUCUUUUAUUUCCCGGAAGAAUAAACUUAUUCUUUCUGGAGGCUGCAUGAAAUAGCUACCGCACAAGUGUGCAAACACUGUUUUUAGUUUGUUUCCUUCCUGCUGCUCUGUUGUACCUCAAUUUAUA